AUGCGUCCUCCCCCGCGCGCCCCUCCGCGGGGCACCUUCCCGCGCACGGAUCCGCUCAUCGCCGCGAACAGCGGCGGCACGCGCGGCAGCAGGGGGCGACGAGCCGCUUCCCGCGGGUGGCGACCCGGCGUUGGCAGCAGCGGCGUGGAAGGCGCUGUAGCGUGCGCGCGAGUCCGGCCUCUGAUUCACUGCAUCACCAACUUCGUAUCCAUGGAUGCGCUGCUAAUACCCUCCUCGCCGCUGGCGCCGCGCCGGCCAUGGAAACAUUCCCACACUCACACCGUAUUGGUGUUACACCUUCGAGAAUUCUCAAAAGUCACACCCACACCACACCUCCCCCUGUCCUUUCCUCCCCCAAACCCCCACCACAUCUCCCCACCACCCCUCCCCUCCCCAUUCCCCCUUCUCUUUCUCCCCCCCAUUCUCUCCUCAAGCCGCCAGGUGGAGGAAUUUGCCAGCCUGGCAUCGGCGCUCUAUGUCAACAUUGGCACCCUGAGCCCCAAUUGGGUGGACUCCAUGAAACGGGCAGCCAAUGUUAUUUCUGCCCGGAAUCGGCCGUGGGUCCUGGACCCUGUGGGUUGCGGUGCCACGACGUACCGAACCAAGACCUCGGCGGAGCUCCUGGCACUGCGACCAACGGUGGUGAGAGGGAACGCAUCUGAAGUGCUUGCUCUGGCAGGCGCCGUCAGCGCAAACACCCGGCCACAGUGGCAUCAACAGCAGCAAGUGGCGGCAGCGCAGCAGCUGGCAUCAGAGCGGUUAACAGUGGUGGCAGUGUCGGGAGCAACUGACUUUAUGUCUGGCCUCUCCUUUCUUCCCCACAACUCCCCACCAGGGGGUAGACAGCACGGUAGCGUCAACAGCCACCAGUGGCAGCAGCACGGCAGCUCGCAUCAUAGUGGGGCGACAGUGGUGGCAGUGUUGGAGGCAACAGAUUUCACCCCCUGCCUCUCCUUCACCCCUGCCUCUCCUUCCUCCCCUGCCUCUCCUUCCUCCCCAACCCCACCCUUCUCCUCAGGGAUGUCGGGAGCAACAGAACUCGUCCCCUUCUUCUCCUUCCUCUCCCCACCCCCCCACACAUCCUCCCCACCAGGGGUAGACAGCACAGUAGCAUCAACAGCAGCAGUGGCGGCAGCACAACAAACUGGCAUCGCAGGGAGGGGACAGUGGUGGCAGUGUCAGGAGCAACGGAUUUCACCACAGACGGCCACACCAUGCUGGCGUUGUGGCAACGGGGUGCAUCUCCUGCAAGCCAUCACCGCCACAGGCUGCAGCGUCACUGCUCUCAUCACUGCCUUUGUUGCUGCUGCUGAUGGUCAUGGUCCUGCUUCGGAUGCGGAUCUGUCACCGCCUCUUCUCGCCACGGCCUGUGCUCUCGCUGUUACGGAUGAUGAUGAUGAUGAUGAUGAGAUGAUGAUGAUGAUGAUGAUGAUGAUGAUGAUGAUGAUGAUGAUGAUGAUGAUGAUGAUGAUGACUGAUGAUGAUGAUGAUGAUGAUGAUGAUGAUGAUGAUGAUGAUGAUGAUGAUGAUGAUGAUGAUGAUGAUCAUGAGAUCAUGAUGAUGAUGAUGAUGAUGAUGAUUAUGAUGAUGAUGAUGAUGAUGAUGAUGAUGACUGAUGAUGAUGAUGAUGAUGAUGAUGAUGAUGAUGAUGAUGAUGAUGAUGAUGAUGAUGAUGAUGAUGAUGAUGAUGAUCAUGAUGAUGAUCAUGAUGAUCAUGAUGAUGAUGAUGAUGAUGAUGAUGAUGAUGAUGAUGAUGAUUGA